AUGUUUGGUUCGGCGGGUCUCCUAAUCCAAGAUCAGUGCGAUCGUCGUCACCCAGCAUGUUCACAGUGUAUCAAUGUGAGUGCAGUAUGUACUGGCUACCGCAAGGAGAUCGACCUCAUGUUCUACGAUGAGACUGUCACUGUAACACGAAAAGCCAAGUCACGCGACUUGAAAUCAUCCUCAGGGGUCAGCACUCCCCGGCAAUCAACACCCUCACCACACAUGCAAUUACUGGUGGAUCCUCCUUCUGUGCGUGCGAUUAACCUGUUCACAACCGCUUAUGCCGGCGGUACCUACCUUGAGUGGUUACCCACUCUGUAUUUGCCUCAUGGGCGACCUGCUUCACUGGAGGCGAGUUUCGAAGCCGUUGCUCUUGGGUAUAUGGCCAACGAGCAGCGCCGAGGGGAUUUGCGAAUUUUAGCCCAGGAGAGAUAUGGGUUGGGUUUGCAGCACACGAUGACAGCCCUACAAAGGUCACAGUCCGCUACUCCGGAGACGGUGGCGUCGGUCUUAUUAUUGGCUUUAUUUGCCGUCAUUUCCUCGGAGUCGUACCGUGACGCACAAAACAUCUGGUCCAAGCACAUCCACGGGAUUUUGGCAAUAUUAGAAUCAUGCUCGCCUUCUACAAUAUUUCAGGAUCCUGCCGGUCAGGGACUUCUCCACCAUAUCAUUUCGGUUGUACAGAUAGAUUGUUUACAACGCCGUCUGUCUUUGCCUCCUCAGCUUCAAUUGUUGUAUUCAGCCUCAUGGAUAUAUCAGAGCUCCCAAGCGGCAGACUUUUGGGAAGUUCUUGAUCGACUUGCUCUGCUGAAUACGCAAUUUAACGAAUCUGCAAUCUCACUACUCUACAUUACGAAAUUACAAGAACUGGAGAAGGAUGUACAGUCUUUAUUGGAACUAAUGCCCCAGUCGAGCCCCGACCAAUUUGCUUUUUGUGAUAUCACGGACAGCCAAAAUAUUGGUUUCAGUCAAAGUGAAUAUCGCCCUCCAGUCCACAGCUUCAGCAGUUUUCGAGUUGCUCAGACUUGGAACACGCUGCGAAUGACACGGCUUUUUCUUGUCAACCUACUGAAUACGAGCAUCUUUGCUUAUCUAUCUCAUAACCUUGCGGUAGCAAGAGGUAUCGAGGAGAUGCUAUGUAGGUCCCUUAAUGAGACAUCUCAAGUUUCUCGGCAAACGGCAGUUGAGAUCUGCGCCAGUGUGCCGGAGUUUUUGAGACCAGAUACUUGGGUCAAUAACUCAAGCAACUCCUUGCAGUUUUCUGCGUGGGCUCGCUCGCUUAUAUGGCCACUGAGCCUAGCCAGUGCAUCUCCACAUGGCUCGGAGGACUUGCAAAUCUAUAUUGACAGGCAGAUUAGUGUCUUGAGGACUAUCACUGGAAUGAAUGCCAUGCGCCAAGCACCUCUUUCGCCAGACAACGACAAAAACUGGAUGCAUUUGAUCUUCAUGUGCUAA